AUGGUAAUAAUACAAGCACUGUUAGACGUGGUUGUGAAAAUAGAUGUGAUGAUGAAAGGAUUGCUGGCGACAUUGAUGGAAGCUGAUAGUUAUGAAGAGUCAUCGGUUAGCCAAAGUAAAGAUAAUAAUGCUACCCAAAUAAAGUGCAAAGAAAUUGGCUACCUAUCUGCAUUGAAUGACAAGAUAUCCCUAACGAUCGAACCCAAGAUAAUACCUUGUGAUGAUUGUUGGAUGAUGUUAUCAACGUGGAAUCAAGGUUUUGAUUUGGAUGCUAAAAAGUAUGAUAAUGUUAAACAAUCAUGGAAAGACUCU